AUGAGGCUGAAGCAGCUGGAGUCGCUCCUGGAGGACGUCGAACCGUUCCGCGAGCCCAACAACGAGCUCGAGCAGUACCCCACGGGCGCGCACCUCGCCGCGUGCGUGCUCGCCGAGGCCCACGCGCGCGGGGACGUGGAGGGGCGCGUCGUCGCGGACCUCGGCGUGGGCGGCGGUGUGCUCGCCAUCGCGUCGCUCCUUGCCGGGGCGCGGCGGGUCGUGGGCGUGGACGUCGACCCCGGCGCCCUCGAGCUGUGCAGGGACAACUGCGACGCGUUCGAGCCGGCGCUCAGGCCGACGCUCAGGCUCGGCCUCGGGCGCGAUCCAUCAUCGCUCGGAGGACCACCGCUGCGCGCGGACACCGUCGUGAUGAACCCUCCGUUCGGCACCAGGGCGAGGGGCGUCGACGUCAGGUUCCUCCGGUGCGCGCUCGGCGUCGCGCGCACAGCUGUGUACUCCCUGCACAAGUCAUCCACCAGGGCGUACCUCGAACGCCACGCGUUGCACGUGCUCCGGGCCGCCUCCGCGACGGUGCUCGCGGAGCUGAGGUACGAGCUGCCGAGAGUUUACGCGCACCACCGAAAGGAUGUGGUGACGAUCGAGGUUGACCUGUGGCGAUUCGAGCCA